AAAGAAUUCAUUUUUCUUUUUCUGUUCAGAAAGCAGUGAUUGGAUUUAGAAUUUUGGAUAAUGGAGUCUACACGUGUCCUCUGAAACAGUACAAAAUUAGUAAAAACUUUUAUUUUUUGCCCCCACACUCCUCUCGCUUCCUCUCUCUCUCUCCUCUCUCUGAAUACCAGCAGAAAUAAAGUUGGAAUAAAAAUCUGAGGGAGGAGCUGAAAAAACUUUGAGCUCGUGUGUUCUUGGUUGGACUGUUUUUCAUUUGUUGGGUCCUUUCAGUUUCAGUUCUUGUUCUUCCUAGACGACUUAUUGGCGCCUUUUCAAGAAUCUCUAUGGUUUACCCAUAAUUUCGUUCGGUUCUGUUCCUAUGGAGAUUCUCAACAACAAUGGAAGAGAUUUCUUUAGUUGCACUCGGCUUAAAUAGCCUCGCUCGUUUCUAAUCCUAUGGAAAUCACACAAAUCAAACUCGAAACCGAGACAACAAUCCCUAUUACAUCAGAUCCCGAAAUGGUUAUAAACGAGACGGUUGAAGAUAAAGGGACAACCGAUAAUUUAGCUAAAGAUAUUCAAGAAAGUGAGGAAGAUGAAAUUAUUCUCUCGGUUGUGAAAGACUCUAGUUUAUCGACUAGUGUAGAGCUAAGUGUGCCUUUAGAUGCUUCUUUAGAGACGAGCUUACCAAUUGCUGUCGAGAUUGAGGGAACCGAAAGCGGACAAAUACUUGCGAAAGUCAUUAGUGUUGAGGAGAGAAGCGUAAAAUCGAGAUUAUCAGAGAAUGUGGUGAAUGAAGCUGAUAAACAAAAUGAAGGGUGCUCGAGUAGGCCCACAAUUAAGUCUUCAGUGGUUGCUGUUAAGUUAUCUGGUGAAAAAAAGGGUGUGAAGAGUGUCUUUGAAUUGGAUUGUUUGCCUCUUUGGGGUUCGGUUUCGAUAUGUGGGCGUAGGUCCGAAAUGGAGGAUUCGGUUAUGGCUGUGCCGAAUUUCAUGAAAAUUCCCAUUAAGAUGUUUAUUGGUGAUAAUGCAGUUGAUGGGAUAAGUCAGACUUUGAGUCACUUGACUUCGCAUUUUUACGGGGUUUAUGAUGGUCAUGGUGGGUUUCAGGUUGCGAAUUAUUGUCGUGACCGAAUCCAUUUCGCCUUGGAAGAGGAGAUAAUAAACGUUAAAGAUGUUACGGUUAGCGGGAUUUCUAAAGACCCUCGGCAAAUUCACUGGGAAAAUGUCUUCACAAGUUGCUUUGCAAAAGUUGACGAAGAAGUCAGUGGAAAAACGAGUCGAGCUUCACCUAUUUGCCCCGAAACAGUUGGUUCCACUGCAGUUGUUGCAGUUGUUUGUUCAUCACAUAUUAUAGUGGCAAACUGUGGGGAUUCAAGGGCGGUGCUUUAUCGUGGUAAAGAAGCCAUUGCAUUGUCAAUCGAUCAUAAACCGAGCCGAGAGGAUGAAUAUGCUAGGAUUGAGGCGGCCGGUGGGAAGGUCAUACAGUGGAAUGGUCACCGUGUUUUUGGUGUUCUUGCAAUGUCAAGGUCUAUUGGUGACAGAUACUUGAAGCCAUGGAUUAUACCAAAGCCCGAAGUCAUGUUCGUGCCUCGAGCCCGAGAAGAUGACUGCCUAGUUAUUGCUAGUGACGGGCUUUGGGACGUGAUAUCCAAUGAGGAAGCUUGCGAAUUGGCCCGAAAGCGUAUUUUGGUUUGGCACAAAAAGAACGGGUCAAGCCCAAGCCCAUUAGUGGAAAGGGGCCGUGGAGUGGAUCCAGCUGCGCAAGCUGCAGCCGAGUACUUAUCCAACUUGGCCCUUCAGAAAGGGAGCAAAGACAAUAUUUCGGUGAUUGUCGUGGAUUUGAAGGCCCAACGAAAGUUUAAGGGCAAAUCUUGAAUUUGCUUCUGAUAUGAUGAUGAUGAUUGAUGAUGGUUUAUAUUAUAUAGUAUUCAAUAUACAGCAUAAUUAUUUUUAUUUUAUUUUUUGUUGUUGUGGCUCGAUUAUUGAAUUUGAUGACUUGAUCCCAUUUGUUUUUCGUGUGGGCGGGCAUAAAUGUAGGAACCGAGCGAUGUGGGAACAUAUGGCAAAAUGUGUAUGGAUUUUUGGCUGCGAAGUGGCUUGAUAAAGUGUCGAGCAUAUUGAAUAACGUGUUGUGUACGUG